AUGAAGGUGAAAAAAGUGAAAAGAAAAAGGAUUGCUUCAAGCAAAGAGAAGGAGAAGUCGAUGUUGGAUAGUAGCAAGCAUACCGCUAGAAAAUCUUUGAUGAAGGCUAAUGGACAGGUGGAAAGUAAACAGCAAGAAAAAGAUUUCACUCAUAAAAGACGUGAGAAGGAUAGUGUGAAUCUUCUGGAAGCGAAAAAGAAACGAGUAUCAUUUGCUGCCGAUUUGGAAAGAAUGAAAGUAUUUGAUAAAAGGAUGAAACUAGCAAUUACGCCAUCAACGGCUAGUCCUGGUAGAAGCAUUAUUAUAAAAAAAGAUGGGCCGGAAAAAUCACCAAGUUUGCUUGUAACUCCAAAGUCUAGAGAUAAAAUCUCAGGAAAGAAGAAUAUGCUUACACAUUUGACAGUAGGGGAAAGUCACAUUGAAGCUACAAAAACAGAACUCAAACAGGAGACUUCGAUGAAUUUAUCGAUGAAAGUUUCUAUACCAAACUCGGAAGAGGAGACAGAAACAUCGGGAAAAAGAAUGCAGAAAAUUGCUUAUAGAAAAAUUAGGCCAAUUAAUAAGAGAAGAAAGUUGCAGGUAACGCGGAAAGUAAAGCAGAAAUUGUUGAAUAUGUCAAAGAAAGAUCGCAUAAUGUAUAUUCGAGAGUUACGAAGGAAGCACAGGCCAUAUUUUGAUCUAGUACUUAAGUGCAAACAUUUCUGGGAAAAAUUACGCUGUGGAAAAACGAGUGAGACUGAACGGAAGAAGCUGGCCAGCGAAAUUUUUGGAAUAGUGAAGGGAAAAGUGAAGGAAUUAAUAUUCGCACAUGAUUCAUGCCGAAUUGUGGAAUGCAUGAUAACGAAUGGAGGAAGCGAUGUUCGAAAUGCUCUUUUUGAAGAACUUGUACCAGAGAUCAUCCGCAUGACGAAGUCGAAAUAUGCUCGUUUUUUCGUCAUGAAAAUGCUCAAACAUGGAUCUGUCAUUCAGCGUCAAAUAAUAUUUGAUGCGUUUCGAGGCCAUUGCGUAUCGCUUUUACGAGUGUCAUCAGCAGCACAAGUUUUAGAAUCAGCGUAUAAUGACUAUGCAAAUGCACAACAACGGUAUAACAUUACUGUUGAGUUUUAUGGAGUGGAUUUCGCUUACUUUAAGGAUGCUGAUAACAGAGUGCGCACACUGAAAGAAAUAAUGGCCGACUCUCCCAAUAGAAAAUUAUCAAUUGUCAAGUACCUUGAAAAUAUUCUCGUUGAUAUUGUGGACAAACCUCAGAUAAAGUUAAGUCUUACGCAUCGUUUGUUGAGUGAUUUUUUCGAAUUCGCUGACAGCAAGCAGUUGGAAGAAAUGAUUGAUUCAUUAAAACUUUGCAUACCUCAAAUCGUCCAUACAAGUGAUGGUGUACGCAUUGCAAUGAAGUGUUUAUGGAAUAGCUGUGCAAAGACGAGAAAGAUAAUGCUGAAAAAUUUCAAAGGACUGAUAACGAAAACUUGCUUGGAGGUGUUUGCGCAUCGUUUUUUGAUUGCUGUUUUUGACACUGUGGAUGAUACAGUGCUGAUUGAUAGAUGUAUUUUAAAGGAAUUGUUGAAUAAUAUUGCUGAAAUUGUUAAAAGUAAUUAUGGUGUAAAAGUUAUGCAUCAUUUAAUUCAUCCAAGAGAUCCUCGCUUUUGUUCUGCAUCGCAGGUUGCGAUUUAUAAAGCGGGAGAUGGGAAUCCAUACAGCAAGAAAGAUUCCAAAUUACGUUACGCAGAAUUAUUUUCAUAUAUUCAGAAGCCAUUUUGCAAUUAUUUUGCAGCAAAUAUGGAUACACUGCUUUUUGAAAGUCAUGGAUCAUUACUUGUUUUGGAUAUGCUGGAGGCUCCAACUGGUUUGGAUUUUUUCGAUCGGAAAGUGAGUAUGGAAGAUCGUGCAGCGUGUUAUGAUGCAAUCGCUUCAACAUGCAGUCGGGAAUUCAUACCUUGUGAUGGAGAGCAGCUUCAUCCAGUUGAGCAUCCCCAGGCGCAUUUCGUAAUUUCUAAAUUGUUAAAAAGUGACUCUAAAUUUCACAUCAGGCUCGGUGAUUUUAUUGUGAAACGGUGCAGGGAUCAAUUAUCAUCUUGG